UCAGAGAGUGGUUUUUAGUGGUGUUUGCCAUUAAAUUUCUAUUUAAUAGGAAUUGAUAAUAUAUGUACAUACAAUUAUUCGUUUUGUGAGCACGGCCAGGACUAAUAUACGUGCAGUUAUGCAAAUAUUUAAAAAGCUGGAAAGGAGAUAGCAUAAUUUUGCACCAAACAAUACGAGAGGGAUGCCGGCAUCUACCUUAGAUCCCGUUAACGCGGCCCUCCGCACUGCAUUGACGAAAAACGAUUCGGAAAACGCAUUGGACACUCAAUUAGCGGGAUCCACGAAAAAGGCGCUGCUCUCCAACAUCGAAUUCGAACCUGCAGGAAGUUAUCAGAGCACAGUUCUUGACAAAUUAAAAUCAAAAUACAUCGUCCUGAAAAGCUCGGAAGCUCCACAGCCAAGCAAGCCCGAGGAGGCCAUGGGAGCAGAUGAAACCUUAAAAUUGGCAAAGUGCGAAUUAUACCCUCUCGAUGCAGUUCAACUGGGAUGGAAUAACUGCGAGUGGUCUGUCGGUGCCGGUAUGGUUAACAUGGGGAACACUUGCUAUUUAAACUCUACCCUGCAAGCCCUGUUUCAUGUACCUGCUUUCGUGAAUUGGCUUAUGUCGGACAAGGAACACUCUGCGGAAUGUCAAGAUGCAGGUGGUCUGUGCAUAAUAUGCGCUAUGCGGAAAACCUUACAAGCCUCCCAGCAACGUAACGCUAACUCAAUCCGUCCAUUGUUAAUCUAUAACAAACUUAGAUUGGUUUGCCGCAACCUAAUACCCGGAAGGCAGGAAGACGCGCACGAGUUUCUGAGGUACCUAGUCGAGGCCAUGGAAAAGGCGUUUCUGAGUCGUUUCAAAAACCACACGGAAUUCGACUCCAAAAUAAAAGAGACAACACCGUUGAACCAGAUAUUAGGUGGUUACUUGCGAUCGGCUGUGAGGUGUCUGAAGUGCGGUCAUGUCAGCACCACGUUCCAACAUUUCCAGGAUUUACUGUUAGACAUAAGGAAAGCCCAAACCGUAGACGAAGCCUUGGAGUUGUAUUUCUCCAGGGAGAAGUUGGAUGACGAAUCGUACCAUUGCGAAUCCUGUCAAAAGAAAGUCCCCGCGACAAAACAGUUUUCUUUGGAGAGGGCGCCGAUGGUGCUGUGUAUCCAGCUGAAGAGGUUUCUGGUCAGUAAUAAUAAGAUAACGAAACACGUGACGUUUCGGCAAAGGCUGGACCUCACGAGAUAUGCCCGGCAUCGCCCUAACGUCCCGCUUAUAUAUAGACUUGUUGCCUUAGUAACUCACAUGGGACCUACCGUGGGCUGUGGGCACUACACUGCCGUUGCCCAAGCCCCUUCUGGUAACUUCUACCAGUUUGACGAUAGUAUGGUCCGACCGAUAUCUCACCAAGUUGUGUUCAACACAAACGCGUACAUAAUGUUAUAUGAACUGGAAUCCUCCCCGUUUGCUCAAAAAUCCGCAAUGACAACGAGUAAACUGAAGAUGCCUGUACCCACCCCAGAGUACAGUCAAAUAAACAGCAGUGGCGGUAGCACGAGCAACACAAACGGCAGUAGUAGCAUCGUUCCUAAAACUCUGACGAACGGCAUCGGUUUCACCAGCAACAAGGUCUACGGCCCAGAACUCCCGCCCGACAGACUUGAAAAGAAAACGAACGGCAGUGCUCCGUCUAGUGACACGAACGGCAAUGCGAAACGCCCACCCUUGAGUGACAGUGACUCUGAAGGUGAUCACGUGACGAACGCAGACCCUAUCGAGAAUAAAACCGUAAAGUCCCCCGUCGUCAAAGACACAGACAUUACCUCCACGUGUAACGACGUGCCUGCGCCGUUACACAAGUCCGCUUCCCCCGUCUCCUCGCCCAACGUCUCCACCAGCGCAUCCAGCCUCUCGAGUCCCGAAUCCACCCCCAAGAAACCAAACGAGCCACCUGCCGCCGCCAAGCCGCUAGUUCCUUACGAGUCCGACGACACGAGCAGCUCGGACGACUCGAAUCAAUCGCCGCAGGAGGCGGAGUCGAGGGUGUCGACCAAAGCGGCUGUCGGCGACUGGCAAGUCAGCUCCUCGACCGAUGUCAGUCACGAGCCGUCGUCCGCCGGGAAGAGCUGGGACAGGAAGAAACUGCUGGCACAACAGAAUAGCCAGAGUGCCGUCAGCGAACUGUUCAAGAUGUCACACGGCGGGUACUCGGCGCCGGUGUCCACCUGGAACGGUACGAGGUCACAGCUGGACAAGGAGAUCUCCAACGAGAGACGGGAGGAUAGGAAGCGGUCCCUGGCUGACAGUUCCGAUCAAGGGCGGGUGAAGCAUCAGAAAAUUAAUUCGAAUUACAAGUCGAACCCUGGAUAUAAUCCGAUUCAAGUAGGAGUACCACAACGCGAAGAAUUGGAAUCACAACAGCAGUUCGGGACAUUACAAACCUUUUUACAAUAACGGCAACAGACACAGGCGUAAUUUCCACCACAAGAAUUAUCACAAAAAUUAUCGGUACCGGCAGUGAUCGAACACGGUCGGUUAUUUUUUUAGGAAAUUCAAAUGUAAAAUUGUGUACAUUUCAUGAAUUAUUACUUUCGACACGUGAAAUUUCGUGGAAUUAAUUUUUGUUUUUUUUUUUAAGAAAAGAAACUAACUACUGAUUUCACCAUUUUAAUAAUUGUAAGCUGAAUGUUACUCUUUUAAACUUAGACCUAGUUUAAUUUUAUAUAUGAAGUAUAUUAGAAAAAAAAAAUGGUUAUUUAUUAUUUCUGUUCCCUCAGCUUUUUUGUCGAUAUGCAUUUACCGUAUUGUAACUUGUCUGUAUUAUAUUUUUACUUAUUGAUUGUACAUAGAAUUAAAUCUAUUAUCGAUAAGAACAAUACACUUGUCCCUAAGACUAAAUAAAUUGUCUUUUUUUAA